AUGCUCGCUUCCGUCUGCUGGCGCGGCGUUCCAGACAUGGAGAGCAUCCACCGCCAGGACGAAACUACCACCUCUUCUCCGACACACUCGCUCUCCCCUUCUCUUCCCGAAUCCUUGGAAAACAGUUCCACACACCGAAUGUCAACUAGCACCUCCAAGACUCAUGUUCCUGCUUGUCUACAGUGUGGGAAACAAUUCGCUAACAUCUAUCGCCUCCAACGUCAUCAGUUAAGCCAUACUGAGAGUGCUGAACUGCGUAAAUUUCGCUGUGAUCAGUGUAGCAAAGCCUUCAAAUUCAAGCACCAUCUGAAGGAGCAUGUACGCAUUCACUCAGGUGAGAAGCCUUUUACUUGUGCCAACUGUGGCAAGCGAUUCAGCCAUUCUGGCUCGUAUUCCAGCCAUAUGUCAAGCAAGAAAUGCACCACUGGGCAGGUGGAUACAGUUUCAGAGGUACCAACAUCAGAAGUGGGUAUUUUUACACCAUCACCUCCUUCUGUACUGCAGCGAGCUCGGUCAGUGAUUAAACCAGAGCAGACAAACAUUCUGCGGACAUAUUAUCGACUUAAUCCAAUGCCAUCCACAGUUGAACUUCAACGGCUUGCUGAUGCAGCAAAUCUUCGGCCCAAGGUGGUGAGAAUAUGGUUCCAGAAUGCUCGUUCCCGAGAUCGGAAAGGAGAGACGGAAGUGUUAUGUGGUAAUGACGAAGAACCCCUUGAUUUAACAGUUCCUAAAAGAGAAGCAAUGGUAAGAUCCACACUUUCAUUACCAUCAGAACAGCCGCCAUUGCCUACAGUACCGUUGCUCCCACUACCUCUGAUGCCACCACCACCACCAUCACUCCCAAUUCCCCCCGUGAGCCAUCUGACAACUCCACAACCACCAAUCUUCAGUCCUCAAACACUCGCCCAAAUGCUCUUUGUGCGAAUUUGGCAAAUGCAGGUGGGUGAGAUGCCCCUUGAUCAACAGCAGCAAUCACAACCUUGGCCAACUUACUUCAACUCCUGGGAGCAAUCGUUAAAGGGCUUCACUCCUAAUUUUCCGCCAACAGAGACUUCAGAAUCUUCGACCACGUCACUGGCAUCUCCACCUCCACCCCAAUUUCCUCCAAUCUCUCAUCACCACUUUCUCCUGCCGACGUCUCAGUCCCCACCGAACUCUGAGAUGAAUGCCAUUCAGGAAGAAGGAAGAAAACUCGUAGAGGACCGCUUCGAUACCCUGUGUUCACCAGUUGAGUCGAACGAUGGGGGAAAUACCAAUUAG